AGAAGCUUCUGUAUGGAUGUAAUUGCUGUACCAUGUCGCCUGCUGUGCUCAUUGAAGCCGUCUUUGAGGCGACGUAUUGUUUCCCCCAAUGUAUUGUAGAUUACAAAGGCGACAUUGAAAAUCAUGUACUAGAUAACACUGAAAGUAGUGCAAGUUAGAUGAGAAUUAAUACGGCAGGUUUCACCGGUGGAAUGAACAUCGCUUUUGAUCGUGCGUUGGCAGUGAUAGUGGCUGAACGCAGACCGAACGGCACGUCCCGAGAACAAAGGGUAAUCCGUAGGGUCAAUAGGUAUCUGACAAUAGCUAGGCGCACCGAGGAUCUUUUUUAAAGACAUAACUCCUUUAGCCCUGAUUUUGAGUACGUAUAAGCCUUCUUUAGUCUGUUUUGAUAAUCCCUGGAGAGUUAAAUUGAAGCAUUUCUUUUUUGGAGGCUUAAAGCGAUAAAAUAAAAGCAAGCGAAUGACAUGCACUGUUCUGGUCUCUGGUCUAUGAAUUAUUACAAAUAGUAGCAAGUGUCUUUAUAGACAUCUAGAAAGGUUGUCUCUCCACAUUCAACGCUUCGCAAACAGAGGUAAGUAAACUUCUCUGCAAAGAUAGGUGGAAAUUAGUCGUCUAUAGUUUGGGUACCACUGCAGGGACGAGGCCUCGCAUAAAUAAUAAUUAUUAUAUUGAUAAGGAAGUGAUUUGGAGACGUUAAUCUACAAAUGGAAACUGUUUCUUUCUUCGACCUCUCACUUCUUGGCAUUUUUAAGGUGAUUGGUAAAUAUCAUUGCAUUGUUUGAUAUUUCCGUGUCUAUCUGCUGCAGCUUUGAUCCGCCAUGUCCAUCACGUUAUACGAGAACGAAAAGUCACGUACAGAAGGAAAAGGGGUCACGUUUACACAGUCACGAGCGAGUCUUCUCAAAGACGGGAAAUUCACAAUAGCCGAUGUUAAAGCCGGAAACUGGAUCUUCUACGAGGGCCAAGACUACCAUGGCCCUUUAGUGAAGACAGUAAGAAGUGUUGAAAAACACGUAACCAUAAAUGGCGUAAUUGGCUCCGUGUUCCUGGUAGAAAAUCCCUCACUCAUUUUGUUUAAGGACACUGGCUAUCGUGGAGAGAGGAAGGUACUACGAAUAUAAUUAGUGAACUCAUUCAGUAAUAACUGGGGAAACCUAUGUUCUCUUUGUUCUACUUUACUGUUUAUAAUAAAAACAACGCAAAUAUAUCAAAGGCCUAUGAGAACAAUUAUGAGACACCAAAGAUUUUUUUUUUUACUUCAGAUUCAGCUGAAGCCGGUUAGAAUAGAGAUUUCAAUGGCUUUUGAUUUGAACAGGCUUUGUUUUGUCAACUCUGGUCUGGAAUCAUUAUUUUCAAAAGAAAGUACUUUUCUAAAAAAAAAUUAUCUUGCAAUUCAAUAAUCUGCUCAGAGAGGUACUAUUAUGAAAUAACUUAAUUUUAACAUGCUUAUUUUAGUUCAGUCAAUUUUUAAUAUCAAUAUGUGUUUGCAAACAAAAGCCUUAUCGGCCUAGCUUAAAUCAUGUAUCAGAUACUUUUAGCUACACAAAUUCAGGGUUUUAGUUCGGGUUAGGUCAAAUCUUGAAAUUUCAAAAUUCUGCAUGCCAAACUAUUGUAAUUUCAAAAUUUGUUAACUUACCAGAAAUUGACUCACCGUGAUAACCCUGGGGGGGGGGGGGGGUUACUCGACCAAUAUUUGGGUAUAGGUGAGCCGCUGAGGGUUUGACCCUGUUUAGGACAAAAAUUCCUAAACUAUAUACCCCGUUUAGGACAACACAAUCAAUUUUAGUACAUUGUUUAGUACCCUGUUUACACUAAGACAAAAUCGAUCGUGCAUGUUUAUAAUUAGAACAGACUCGCACAAAUCAUGCACACUGUUUAGGAGAGACUUGCGCGUAAUUGUAUACCCUGUUUAGGACAGUCGUGCGAAAUUAUAUACCCUUUUUAGGACAGAGAGGACGAAAACCAUACCCUGUCCAGCGGCAUAUCCCCGUAUAGGCCAUAUAAGGGAGUACUCCCCCCUCGGGGGUGAUAACACACGGUUAAUAAAUCACCACGUUGGCGUAAAAUCCCAGGGCGGCAAACUUCGAACUAAAACGUUUGCCAUUACCCCUCCCACCACCCCGGAACAGAUGUAGCCGCUGUUUGGAAGAGAAGUCACCAAUGGCGCGUUUCCCUGACUCCAAACAAUACUAAAACAAUAGAAAGAAUGACAUGUCAUUGUUUCCUGCGACCAAUUAGGAGAGACCUUACGAGCAGCUGCUACACUACUGUUGAUCUGAAACGAGCUAAUAUUUCACGACUGACAUAUCCGCGAAGUAAUAAAGUGAAUUCCCCAGGGGCGUUACUCACCAAUGUUUUAUACGGGGAGACUCCACCGCUUUUUCGUUGUAUUGGUAAUAUGCGAAAUCUUCUCGAUUUGAAGAAACUUGGCGCGCAAGGUGGCCCCGGUUAAUUUUUCAGCAUGCGCGCAAGGCGUUCUUGGGAAAUUCUGGAAACACAUCGUUGACUUGUCUCCAUUUCCGCCAUCUCCCGGGUCCGGUCUGGGGAUGAGUGUGGGCUCAUUUUCCCGAACAGCGGCUGGUAAUCUAGCCUCCCACGCAGGCGUUUUUAGGGAAGCUCGUCUUUCUUGUGGGGAGGGAUGAAAGACGAGCUCCCUAAAAACGCCUGCGUGGGAGGCUACUGGUAAUCGAGCCUAGUCGUUGACCGGUCAGCAUUAGAUUCCAUCCUCCAGAACCUCCCCUCUUAAGUCUCUACUCUUUCUACUCUUAUACUACUACAUGAAAAAUUUCUGCAAUUUGAUUGGCUUAGAGCGGUGGUAUUUCAGCUUAAUUUGAAAUCCCUACAUGUGAAAAUUACAAACCUUUUGCGGGUAAUAGUAUAAACAAAUAAUAGCAUGAUUUCUACAUGAUAUUUUGCAUAAAUUCCACUCGUGGUAUUACAAAAUUGUCUCAAAUUUCACUUGCCUAACGGCUCGUGAAUUUACGUAAAACAAUUUCGAAAUGGCCGUUUUUAUGCUAGAGACGUUAAAGUCGUCUAGACGCAUUUAACGUCUGAGACGUUAAAGUCGUCUAGUGUAAAAACGGGACGCACAAAAGUAGACGACCUUAUUUAAAAAAGUAGAUUUUUCUGAAAAAAGGACUAGGCUCUACUCUCGGAAGACACUGGACACGAGUUAAAGCGGCGCCAAAAAUGAACUUCAAGCUAGCAAACUUCCUAGUUUACGACGUCCCGUCUUUAUACCAGACGACUUUAACGUCUGAGACGUUAAAGUCGUCUGUUAAGUGCGUCGUUCGGACGCACUUAACAGAAGACGUUAAAGUCGUCAGACGUUAAAGUCGUCUGCCUUAUUUUAAUACCGUUUUUAUACUAGACGUUAAAGUCGUCUUAAGACGACUUUAACGUCUCUAGCAUAAAAACGGCCAAUAUCACUCGUGGUAUUUAUGCCAAAUAUCACUACAAAUCAUGCUAUUACCUACACUUCUAGUCUUUCUCUAAGGGUUGAUUUCCAUUGUCGCAUAAUUUUUACGUGCGUAAAUUUUACGUGCGCAAAUAAGAUAAAGGCAACGCAUGAAGGGUCGCUCGUAAGCGUAAAAGUUAAACCUCGCUCAACUUCACGUUUAAUCUCAACACUUUGGGUGGGAUAUUUAAACGAAGUCUAACUUAAAACGCGGUUUAGGAAAUCUUUGGACUUUUAAAUCUCGUCCAUAGUGGGUUAUUUUAAGAAGACAAAUGCUUUUCUAAUCUACGCCUUAUGCUUUCAUGAAACAGUUCACGAUAAAUCGUGUUUAUAUAAAAGCGUUCGGGAAACUGUAAAUGGUUUAGAACGGCGGUUUUGUUAAACACUGGCUAAACUCCGUUUAAAUAACUGGCCCUUUAUAUCUUGUCUUAUUUUUUGUUUACGCGAUUAAAAUUUACGUGUGUUCCCCUGGUUAACACGUGCCAAAAACGCGUCAGUGGAAAUCUACCUUAAGUCUAAGUCCCCUCAAUUAUUUUUUGGGAAGUGAAAAGGGAAAUUGACUGUGGCAUUAGCGGGAUCCUAACCCGCGGUCUUAAAAACCGAACUCUAUCGCCUAUACCACUACACCACAGUGGAUUGCUCAGAAAAUGAGGCGUUCGUUUUACAUUAUUUCUAGUGACAAACCUAUAAGUAAAUUAAAGUUAACCACUUAGAGUCAGUGCUUAACCCAAAUCACUAUAACGUUUUUCGCGAAGUUUUCAGAAAAUGUCAUAACCAUAGAAAUAGAGUUCUAAAGUGAUGACGUCAUAAAAAUAAAAUUUGGGAAUUUAUAGGAUUUGUCAAGAUAUUCAGAAAGAACAAUGUCCAAAACACCUACUUGCCAAAAAUUAGCAUUUCGGGGCAAAUUGUCUCAAAUUGCAAAUCCUUCUAAAUAUGGCUUGGGUCUAAACGUUUAGACCCUUUGGGGCGGCACACCAUCAUCAUCAUCAUCUUUUUUUAUUUAAACAACUUGGGUUUUAAAGCUGAUACAGCUUAUCGAGCACAUACCUAUAAACUGCAGCUAUAAAGUAAAUAUAAGGGAGCACCCCACCCCCGGGUAAAAUCCCUACCCUUUCAAAUACCUAAAGCCUAAAAAAGGUACAUCAUUCGGGCGUAGCCCCCCCGCAUAGGUCAUUAUAGGAAGUACCCCCUGGGGGGUGAAUUCCAGCUUGGUUAGUUAGUUUUUUUUUUUUUUUUUUUCAGUUUCUAGCCGUGUUGCAUUUAAGAGGAAGUCUAAUGCUGAUCCAAACGUCACGAUCAUCUUUACUGACAUAAUCUGAGUGUUAUCUUUUUAUUAUUAUUAUUUUCUUGUAGUGGUUUCAAGACAAUCAGGAAGAUCUGACCGGAUUAUUCCCAGCAGAAACAGGAGAAGACGACAAAAAAUCAGGCAUCUCCUCUGCUAUCUUGUUGUCUAAGACCCGGUCCGUAGUUUUGUUCACCGAAGCCAAUUUUGGAGGCAAGAAAUAUACUAUGCAACCAGGAGAGUGGUGUGAAAAGGCGAAGUUCACGGACGACCACCAGGCUGGACAGAACGACAAAUGGCUGAGCUUCAAAUUUAUCUAAGGCGUAAGAGUUGAAAACCCCAACCUGCCCGGCCAGCCACACUCCAUUUUGCUCGAGUUUUCUUUUAGUCUCGAAGUUAUGUAGUUUUUGAUUGAGAAGCCGAUUGUAAUUAGUACACUUUAGGAUUUUAAGAGUUAUAAAAUGUUGUCAAAACCAGAGGGAAGAAUUGAAUAAAUGAAGAUUGUUUCC